AAUUCUGCAUCCACGUACUCUUUGUAGUGUUAUAAUUAUCUGAGCUGGUAGUGGAUACAUACACAUAGACAUCCAACAUGUCCUCAUUCCGUUCUAGCUCAUCUUAUCAAAGUGCUUCUAAUUACGGGCUAAGUUCUGGUGGUGGUUUAGGAGCCAGCAUUGGUGGUGGCUAUGGAGGCAGCAUUGAUGGUGGCUAUGGAGGCAGCGUUGGUGGUGGCUAUGGAGGCGGCUUUGGUGGUGGAGCAAGCAGCGGGUUUUCCAGCAGCUCUAGCAGUGGUUUUGGGGGGGCAGCAGUUAGCAACGGCUUUGGAGGUUUUCCUGGAAACGACAAACAAACCAUGCAGAACCUGAAUGAUCGUCUGGCAUCUUAUCUGGAUAAAGUGAGAGCCUUGGAGGCAGCUAACGGUGAUCUGGAGCUGAAGAUCCGAGAGUGGUACGAGAAGCAGCUUGCUGCUGGAGCUUCAGGAAGUGGCAAAGAUUACAGCAAGUACUUUCAAAUCAUCCAAGAUCUUAGGAACAAGAUUUUUGCCGCUACUGUUGAUAACACCCAGGUGGUUUUGCAAAUCGACAAUGCCAAGUUGGCUGCAGAUGACUUCAGACUGAAGUAUGAGAAUGAGCUGUCUCUCCGACAGACUGUGGAGAGUGACAUCAACGGAUUACGCAGAGUCCUAGAUGAGUUGACAAUGUCCAGAGGCGACCUGGAGAUCCAGAUUGAGAGCUUGUCUGAAGAGCUGGCUUACCUCAAGAAGAACCACGAAGAGGAAAUGGGAUUUGCAAAGAGCAGUGCCACCGGCCAAGUGAAUGUAGAAAUGGACGCUGCUCCAGGUGUGGAUCUGACCAAGCUUCUGAAUGAUAUGAGGGCAGACUAUGAAGCCUUGGCUGAAAAGAACCGCAAAGACGCGGAAGCAUGGUUCAACCAAAAGAGUAAUGAACUGAAGAAGGAGAUUUCAGCGGGUGUGGAACAGGUGCAGACGAGCAGGAGCGAAAUCUCUGACCUAAGACGCACUCUUCAGGCCUUGGAAAUUGAGCUGCAGUCUCAGCUGGCAAUGAAAAAAUCCCUUGAAGACACUCUUGGCGAGACAGAAGGCAGAUAUGGAGCUCAGCUUCAACAGCUCCAAAUCACCAUAAGCAACCUAGAAGAACAGUUUAUCCAGCUCAGGUCUGACAUGGAAAGACAGAAACUGGAGUAUCAGCAGCUCCUAGACAUCAAGAGCCGGCUGGAGAUGGAAAUUGAGACAUACCGCCGGCUGCUGGACGGAGAGCUUGGACAAUCCUCUUUUGCAUCAGAAAAAGUCACAGCUACUACAGAAUCAAAAGUCGCUACCAAAGUUGACCCAAGCAAAACAAGAAAAGUGAAGACGAUCAUUGAAGAAGUGAUUGAUGGAAAAGUUGUAUCUUCCAGCGUGCAGGAAAUUGAAGAAAAAGUCAAAUAAGAAGAGCGAUAUGGGACGAGUGCUCUCCUAGAGCAACAUAUCACUAAGAUCUCCAUUUAACACAAUUAACGAGUCGCUAACUUUCCAUGAAAUGAUAAUUUUGCAGAAUAUUUUAAAAUAAAAGGAAACGUUUCAGUAUGUA